UUUAGUAAACUGUCAAAUGUUGAGAAUAAAGUAAAUAUUUAAGUAUUUGUUGUGCAUUUAUUGUAAGUUUGUGUUGUAAGAGGAAGAUGGUAAAGUUUGUAAUGAUAAUUGUAAAUCCGGUGUGGAUGUAGGGUAUUUAAAACCAAAAAAUUAGUAAAUAAAUAUGGAUAGAGGAAGGUUCUCGUUAUUACAACUUGACCCUGGAGAAAUAUACUUUGAAGACUAUAGCGCAAUUUUUAUUCCACCCGACACCACCCCUAAAACGUAUGAUGUUAAAAAACAGGAUGGACGACUCAAAAUGUGCUCGAAAUCAUUGGUAUUCGACCCAAAAGAUAUAAACAAACCCAUGAUAAAAAUACAAUUGAAAGACUGUGUAAUUAUUGAGCAAUGGAAGGGAAGCGCAAAGUUUUUACAAAGCAACAAUGUCCUCAGUGUAAAUUGCAGGGAAUAUAUCGAAAUGUUAGAGAGAAAUAUCAUAGCCCCAUAUCAGUUUAAGGAUUCUGCAAAUUUUUUAUUCCUGUUGAAUUAUGCAAAUAUUAUGAACUGUUUACCACAAAUUUGUCAGCUUCAUAGGGCUAGUACUUUACCUGCUGCAGAACAGGCAGAUAUGAUAGCAACGAUUGUUCACUCUAGGCAAGCCAGAGUAAGUUUUAACCCUUUAUGGUUGGAUUUAUAUGAAAAAAUUGUGAUGGAAACCCAAGCUGACAAAGUAACACCGUUGGUAGUAAACCCUGGAAGAAUUCUUUUGUCAACAUCACGCUUAUGUUUUCAACCAUAUAAUAAUAUAGAACAGUAUCCAGUGUUAAAAAUCGACUUAAACAGUAUUAAAAGAAUAGUGAAAAGAAGAUUUUUACUUCAACAAAUUGGCCUCGAAAUUUACUCAAAUGAGAACUCUUCUAAUCCUCAUAUUUAUUUAUCCUUCAAAAACCAAAAAUUAAGAGAUGAGUUUUAUGAUAAUUUAUUGCAACAACCUGAACUGAAAUUGAAUGAAAUAGAGCAAGAUGUUAUGACUCUUCAGUGGCAGAAUGGUAUUAUUUCAAACUACGAAUAUCUAUUGUAUAUAAAUAGCCUCGGUGACCGAACAAUAAAUGAUCUGACUCAAUAUCCAGUUUUUCCUUGGAUUAUUUCCAAUUAUAGUGGAGAGAAACUAGAUCUCAAUGACCCAGAGAAUUUCCGUGACUUAUCCAAGCCUAUCGGAGCUUUAAAUGAACUUCGUUUAGGACGUUUAUUAGAGAGGUAUAACGAAAUGUCCCACCCAAAAUUCAUGUAUGGUUCACACUACUCUACUCCUGGUUUUGUUCUGUAUUACUUAGCCAGGCAGUAUCCUCAUUACGUACUGUGUCUCCAGAGUGGUAGAUUUGAUCACCCCGAUAGAAUGUUCAAUUCCGUAGCGGAUGCUUUUAAAAAUUGUCAGACCAACAUGUCUGAUUUCAAAGAGCUAAUACCUGAAUUUUAUGAUAUCUCGCAAGAAGGAAAAUUCCUGGUUAAUAAUAUGGGAAUAAAUUUUGGUUAUCGGCACAACAACGUAAAAGUAGGUGAUGUAGAAUUACCUCAUUGGACAAAUGGCCCUAAACACUUUAUAGAAAAAUUAAGAGAUGCUUUAGAGAGUGAUGUUGCCUCGAAAAACUUACACAAAUGGAUAGACUUGAUUUUUGGUUAUAAACAAAAGGGAGAAGAGGCUGUUAAGGCUAAUAACUUGUUUUAUCAUCUUUGCUAUGAGGGAAAUGUUGAUUUGGAUUCAAUAAUAGACUUAAACGAAAGACAUGCAUUGGAGGUACAAAUUAUGGAAUUUGGACAAAUACCAAAACAAGUAUUCAAGGUACCCCAUCCUCAACGCAAAGUUGGACUCAAAUUGUUGACUGAACCCUAUCAGAUCACACAAGACGAUCCCAAACUUGAAGAUAAAUGGAAAACCAUGACAAAUCUAUGCCUACAAACUAGUUUUAAUUCCCAUAAAAAUACAGUAAGUCAUAUUUUUAUAAGUGACGAUGGUACUCGGAUCACAUCGGUGGGAUACGACUCGAAACUGAAGGUAUUCUCUUUGCCGCAGAACAAACAAACUAGAAGCGCUAAUAUCGGAAACAUGCCCCUUAGCAGUUGCAUCCAACUUCCUAAUAUUAAUGUUUUAGUUAUUGGAAGUUGGGAUAAUCAAAUAUUGUUGUAUGAUCUGGACUACGGGAAGGUAAAGGAAAGCGUGCUCGCACAUGAAGACGCUAUCACUUGCAUGUCCUUCGCUUCCAAAAUCAACCUUUUGGUAUCUGGAAGUGGCGAUUGCACGGUGAAAAUAUGGAAAGGCCUUAAUAGCGACGGCAUAAUUAAACCCAUACAGUGCCUGCAUAAGCAGAUUGAUCACAACUCUCAAGUGACUUGUUUAUGUUUUGACAGGGAAAAUAAGUAUUUGGCGGUGGGUACGGAAGAUGGAGAAAUAUACGUUUGGGAGACAACGAAUUUCACCUUAUUCAAGAAAUACGAUAAGCACUGUUCCAGUAUUAGGGCACUUAGCUACAGCCCGGAAGGAUUGAAACUUGCUAUAGGCAGCAGCGAUAAACUCUUCCAAAUAAUAGAUGUGAAUACGGGUAUGCCUGUUUUCAGUAAGACUUUAAAAUCAAGCAUUUCGUCAUUGAAAUGGAACGAGUUUCUGUUGGUGUUGGGUUGUGACGAUGGAGGAUUGUCGAUAUGGGACAUUUUUGAAGUCAAGUUGCUCUUGGAGGUCAAGGCGCACUCAGACGUCAUUAAAACAUUGGAUAUAUCUUUGGAAAGGGAAUUCAUAGCAACUGGUAGUCAGGAUCGUGUGAUAAAAGUGUGGAAACCAAAAACGAAUAAUUUAUAACUUUAUUUUUAUUUUAAAUUGAUUCUUUACAAUAGUAUUCUAGUUAUUUUAUAUUUUAAUGACACUGUUGAGCAAAUGUUGUAUUGUGAUAUUUUUAAUAAAAUCAUUUUUAUUA